CUGUUCUCCGACAGAUUACAGAAGAAAAGAGUAAAUAUCCUUCGAGGGGGGAUAACCUCCUGUGUUGUUUUAUAAAAUUUUUGUUUAUAUACUGCUUACUUGUAAAUGACAGACAUUUUCCCAAUAAUCGGACUGUAUUAUAGUUUUUCUUGUAUUUUCGUAGAGAACGGUAUUUUUUUCUGAAUACAACACUAUCACGCGUAUUCUGUAGCAACCAUGCAUGAUCGCUGAUCUUUUAUAAGCGAGACGCUGCUUUUUCAUUAAAGGUUGUUGCAUCUAUGACCUCAUUAUGGCCACUCUGACGAGGCAGGACCUUAAUUUCGGGCAGGUUGUUGCUGACAUUCUGUGUGAGUUUUUGGAAGUGGCCAUUCACCUGAUUCUCUAUGUCAGAGAUGUCUAUCCAUCUGGUAUCUUUCAGAAAAGGAAGAAAUACAACGUACCUGUGCAGAUGUCAUGCCAUCCAGAUUUAAAUCAGUACAUUCAAGACACACUGCAUUGUGUCAAGCCACUGAUAGAGAAAAAUGAGGCUGAGAAGGUUGUAGUGGUGAUCAUGGAUAAAGAGCACCAUCCAGUGGAGAGAUUUGUGUUUGAGAUCUCACAGCCUCCACUGCUGUCCAUCAGCUCAGAGACUCUGCUGUCUCAUGUUGAGCAGCUGCUGAGAGCGAUGAUCCUAAAGAUCAGUGUGUGUGACGCUGUCCUAGACAACAAUCCUCCAGGAUGCACAUUCACGGUGCUUGUACACACCAGGGAAGCUGCCACAAAAAACAUGGAGAAAGUUCAGGUCAUCAAGGAUUUUCCAUGGAUUGUAGCAGAUGAGCAGGAAGUUCACAUGGAAGAUGCAAAACUCAUUCCUCUAAAAACAAUGACUUCUGAUAUCCUCAAGAUGCAGCUCUAUGUUGAAGAAAAAACACAGAAAACUUGAUGCUGUGGAUCACAUGAAAGCAUCUGCAGGGUGUAAGACAGUAAACAGGAACUGAUUUUUUGUUUUUGUUUUUUUGAGUGAAAACAGGAUUGUUUACAUACUUGGGUUUGGUAAAAUGAAGAAUGUUGAGCUGGACUGUGCAUCUUGUUAAGUAGAA